UUCAGCAUCUGGGGUCUGGUUGAUGCUACCGCCUCUCCCACUCCCUCACCACCACCAACCACCACCCCCUCCUCUCCACCAUCACCACCAAUCACCACCACCAUCGCCGCUGUCACCACCACCACCACCACCACUACUACUAAUCCCUCCAACAACGGCUCACCUACCACCCACUACCACCACCGAUCAGCACUACUACUACUGCCACCACCAACCACUACCACCACCGAGUAGCACUACUACUACUACUGCCACCACCAACCACUACCACCCAUCAAAACUCACCAGUACUACCUACCACCCACCAGCACCAUGAAGAUCUCCUGUAGCAGCAAUGUAUAUAUCUUCCUGGCCUACUGCUCCCUCCUCCUCCUGCUGCUCCUCCAGAACACAGUGGCCUCUCCCAUCUGCCCAGAGCGCAAUGAAAUAACUGAAGAAGACCUCAACAAGUGCAAGUACGGCGUCGUGCUGGGAUGGUGCGGUAAUGCUGUGUGCGGCAAGGGUCCUGCAGAGACGUGCGGUGGCUGGUGGGAUGAGAACGGCAUCUGUGGUGAGGGCAUGUACUGUGUGUGUGGGUACUGUGCAGGGUGCACCACCACUCUCGAGUGUGCACUCGGAAGAUUCUGCUAGGUGUGAUACUCUACCAGCUGCUCUCCAAGACGUCUGGUAAACAUUCAGUGGCUUAACAGUAAUUCACUAGAAGUCACUGCUCCCGACAUGGUAAAGAGGAGCCUGUAAACAUACCAAAAAAGCUCCCGUUUGGCAUAAAAGGAAUCCACAAACAGGCCAAGAGCCUCCUCUUGGGAAUGACAGCAAGCAGACGCCUCUUGGGUCAACCAGCGACGUUUUCCCAUUCAUUUUAAAGCCAACAGACAAGCACCUCUUGAAUUCACAUACUUCUUUCCAGACAAAUAAUGUAAAUAAUAUAUAAAAAUAACGCAUCGCAAUUCUUUUAUACAUGUGGCAAUGAUGCUUAGGACAGUGUUCCAUACAGCAUCGCAGACUUACUGCUUUGUGAUAUAUUAUGCUCUUGACCGAGCGGAAGCUAUGUAACUUAAUGGAUCUCUAGGCAAGUCCGGACCUAACGAAGCCGGGGUUAAUGAAACCGGGUCUGACGAAGCCAGGGUUAAUGAAACCGGGUCUAACGAAGCCAGGGUUAAUGAAACCGGGUCUAACGAAGCCGGGGUUAAUGAAACCGGGUCUGACGAAGCCAGGGUUAAUGAAACCGGGUCUGACGAAGCCAGGGUUAAUGAAACCGGGUCUAACGAAGCCGGGGUUAAUGAAACCGGGUCUGACGAAGCCAGGGUUAAUGAAACCGGGCCUGACGAAGCCAGGGUUAAUGAAACCGGGUCUAACGAAGCCGGGGUUAAUGAAACCGGGUCUGACGAAGCCAGGGUUAAUGAAACCGGGUCUGACGAAGCCAGGGUUAAUGAAACCGGGUCUAACGAAGCCGGGGUUAAUGAAACCGGGUCUGACGAAGCCAGGGUUAAUGAAACCGGGCCUGACGAAGCCAGGGUUAAUGAAACCGGGUCUAACGAAGCCGGGGUUAAUGAAACCGGGUCUGACGAAGCCAGGGUUAAUGAAACCGGGCCUAACGAAGCCGGGGUUAAUGAAAUUGGGCCUAACGAAGCCGGGGUUAAUGAAAUUGGGCCUAACGAAGCCGGGGUUAAUGAAAUAGGGCCUAACUAAGUCGGCCUUACAAAACCGGACUACCCAACCGACCUUUCGAACCGAGCCUCAAGAACCGGCCCAUACCAACCAGACCUUCGGAACCGGGCUUCAGGAACCGGACCUUGCCGAACCAGCCAGUGAUACAUGUAUACGUAAACCCAUACCUGAAGCGUCUCAAUGUUCUUAACAAAUAAAAUUUAAACAGUU